CACCACUUCCACUAGGGCUAGGGUUUUUCAUUUCGCGAUUCAGAUAGCACAAUCCAAACCCUAGCAAUGGCGGCUCCUGCAAUAGAGUCAGUGCAGUGCUUCGGCCGCAAGAAAACCGCGGUGGCCGUGACCUACUGCAAGCGUGGGCGAGGCUUGAUCAAGAUCAAUGGCUGCCCAAUCGAGCUCGUCGAGCCGGAGAUCCUCCGCUUCAAGGCCUACGAGCCUAUUCUCCUCCUGGGACGACAACGUUUCGCUGGAGUCGACAUGCGCAUUCGCGUCAAGGGUGGUGGUCACACCUCUCAGAUCUACGCCAUUCGCCAGAGCAUAGCCAAAGCUCUGGUCGCUUUUUACCAAAAGUAUGUCGAUGAGCAGAGCAAGAAGGAGAUCAAGGACAUCCUCGUUAGGUACGAUAGGACCCUCCUUGUUGCUGACCCAAGGCGCUGCGAGCCCAAGAAGUUCGGUGGUCGUGGUGCUCGUGCUAGGUUCCAGAAGUCUUACCGUUGAUUUGGGGAAAGCAAAAGCUGGACAGGUUUUGCGUCGUCGUUUUGGCUUUUGUUUAUGGUUUCAAGGUUAUGGCUUUUGUUUUAAGGAGUUGGAUGUUAAUUGGUAUUUUAUAAUUUCUCAGAAUUUUGAUCAUGGAAACUCUGUAGUUUUUAAAGUAUGUUGGAGUUUGAAAUGUUAUCAUAUUUCUAUGAAUUACGACAUAUUUCGGUUAAUUA